GUGCGGGAAGGGACACUGACCGGUAAGAGCAGUGGGCUACUAACCCUCUUGAGCAGGAUCGCUUCUGGUUGCUCCCCGGUCCUUGAGAGACAAGGAACCCCCGCUCCAAGAAAGCGGCUCCAGGAGGCAGCAUGCCCCAGAACGUGGUGCUCCCGGGCCCUGCGCCCUGGGGCUUCAGGCUGUCUGGGGGCAUAGAUUUCAACCAACCUUUGAUCAUCACCAGGAUUACUCCAGGGAGCAAGGCAGCAGCUGCCAACCUGUGUCCUGGAGAUGUCAUCUUGGCUAUUGAUGGCUUUGGUACAGAGUCCAUGACUCAUGCGGAUGCACAGGACAGGAUUAAAGCAGCAGCACACCAACUGUGUCUCAAAAUUGACAGGGCAGAAACUCGCUUGUGGUCACCACAGGUAUCCGAAGAUGGGAAGGGUCAUCCUUUCAAAAUCAACUUAGAAUCAGAACCCCAGGAUGUGAACUACUUUGAACACAAGCACAAUAUUCGGCCCAAACCUUUCAUAAUCCCGGGCCGAAGCAGUGGAUGCAGUACUCCGUCGGGUAUUGACUGUUGCAGUGGACGUAGCACUCCUUCUUCUGUCAGUACUAUUAGUACUAUUUGCCCAGGUGACUUGAAAGUUGCUGCUAAGAUGGCCCCUAACAUUCCUUUGGAAAUGGAGCUUCCUGGUGUGAAGAUUAUACAUGCUCAGUUUAAUACACCUAUGCAGUUGUACUCAGAUGACAAUAUUAUGGAAACACUUCAGGGUCAGGUUUCAACAGCUCUAGGGGACACAAUCCCAAUGAGUGAACCCACAGCCUCAGUGCCCCCACACUCAGAUGUGUACCGGAUGCUCCAUGACAAUCAGGAUGAACCCACUCAACCUCGACAAUCAGGCUCCUUCAGAGUGCUCCAGGAACUAGUCAACGAUGGCACCGAUGACCGUCCUGCUGGAACUAGGAGUGUGAGAGCUCCAGUUACAAAAGUCCACGGAGGGGCUGGCAGCACACAGAAAAUGCCAAUCUGCGACAAAUGUGGGAGUGGCAUUGUAGGUGCUGUCGUGAAGGCACGGGACAAGUACCGCCAUCCAGAGUGCUUCGUGUGUGCUGACUGCAACCUCAACCUCAAACAAAAGGGUUAUUUCUUUGUGGAAGGAGAGCUAUACUGCGAAACUCACGCAAGAGCCCGCACAAGACCCCCAGAGGGCUAUGACAUGGUCACUCUCUAUCCCAAAGCUUAACUAAUUCCCCUGCGGCUGGGAGCAUGCACACUCAGUCACAUGCACUCACACGGGAGGACAUGAAUGAUUUGGAGCAGGAGAAUAGCAAACUGUUGACUCUGAUUCUUAAAUCAAGGUGUUUAGAUAUUUAUCUGAUUAGGCGCUGAGGGAAAAAGAAUGAGAAGGAAAUAGCCACUAAAACAAAAAUAUACAUUUGCCUAUAUUGAUUGUGGCCUCCCCCCUCUUUUUUUUCUCUUUGGGAUUAACAAUAACUCCAUGACAUUUAAGCAGUAUUUUUUGUGUAUUUCAUACUCCACAAUUCACAUUCAUAUGAUGACCACCAAAUAUGUAAUCAUUAUGACAUACAUGGAGCAGUCUCAUUGUCUUUCCUUAACAAGUUGAUUUUGCAGUUGUAGCAAAUACCAAGUGAUAGUCCUGUGUUCUAACACAACCUGUAGUUGUCUGUUACCUGUUCUAACUACUAUAGUGCAUGUGAGGGAGAAAUUCCCUGGAUUUAUACAGUUUCCUAUUCAAACAACUGUACCACUGAAUGCAAGAAAUAAUAAAUAUAAAAUGUUUUUGAAGUA